UUGUCAGAGACACUAUUAAGGUAAAUCCGGGACACAUGGCCCAUGAGGGAGACACUGCGCACUCCCCCUAAUUUUGCAAUCCGUCGUGCGAGCGCAGCGCCAAUAAGUGUCGUGCAGUGUGUAAGGCACUAUAAACGUGAGUAUUCGCGUAUUCGCCAUUUUUACUCCUUUCUCCAUUCCUUGCUCUGUUCCCACUCCGCCGCUGAGCUGAGAAGGUUAUCGUCGUUACGGUUGUUAUAGCUUUUAAACUGUUGGAAACCUUGUAGGAAUGAAAGGAGCUACGAAAUUUCAAGCAGCAAAUACAAAUCAUAACUUAUAAUGACCAUAACCGUCACAGUUCAGUGAUGGAAUGGGGAUAGAGCAAUGAGUGGGAAAGGAAUAAAAAUGGUGGACGCGAAUACCUACGUUUCUAGUGCUCUAACAGUGUGUUGACAUCUCAAAUAAAGUUAAUGUGGCAGAAAUUUGUUUCCGUGCUUCUUUUUCCCGUUGUCAACAUUUAUAUCGGCGGGUGUCUCAUUCUAAUCGAUAUAGCCGAUUUUCUGAGAAACUGAAGGAGAUACGGAAAAAUUCAGAUGUUAUAUUAAGGGGAAAACGAUGCCAACUUUUUAUAAACGCAAGAAAGGCGUGAAGCCUCGAGGAUUGUGGGACCAUAGAGACUUCAAGAAGCAAUUGCCCAAAUCGAGGCAGGAAAUAUAUCAAUCAGAGAGGCGGAACGAUGUUAUGGAGUGCCUGCUCGUACGAUAGCAAGGAGAAUAAAAUCGAGAAAUUUUGAACAGCCCGUACAUGGACCCACCUGUUCCCUUGGCCCAGAAAAUGAAAGGAAGUUGGUCGAUCACAUAAAACAACUGUGUGUUGCUGAUUUCUGUCCAGACCGAAUAAAAGUUCAACGACUGGCUUUUGAACUUGCCGAAAUCUUAAAUCUUAAUCAUAAGUUUAACAAAAGAAAAUGGCUGGCUACGAUUGGUUGUGGUCAUUUCUUAGAAGAAAUCCAGACAUUUCGGUACGCCAAGCUGAAGGAUUAUCUAUGGCUAGAGCUCGAGGUCUGUUUAGAGUAAAGGUCCAACAAUUCUAUAAUAUAUUGGAGAACGAAAUGAAGAAGUACAAUCUUCAAGAUAAGCCUCAGAAUAUUUUCAAUAUGAACGAGUCUGAUAUUCAGCUCAUAAAUAAAGUCGGCAAAGUAGUUAUCUCCAAAGGGGCAAAAGUUGUUCAUAAAAUGACAACAGGCGAAAAAAGCGAAACUGUAACACUAAUAUGCUGCUGUUUAGCGGAAGGUAGAUUUCUUCCACCUACUUUGGUUUAUAAAGGUAAAAAUUUGAAGGCAGAAUUUAAAGAUAAUCUCCCUCGUGGGUCGACUGUGUACACGAACGAAAAGUCAGCUUACGUUAAUUCUGAAUUAUUUAUGAAGUGGUUCAAAGAAGAAUUUUUGCCUCGGAAAGCUCCUGGUAGAAAAUUGUCCUCAAUACAUGGCUAAUAAAUAAACAAUAAAAACGGUUGAGCAUAUGCUCCUGGUAGAAACAUUUUAAUCUUCGAUGGGCAUUGCUCUCACUGCUCAUCAAUUAGUUUACUUCAAGUAGCAGAUGAAAACAACGUUUCCUUAUUGUGCCUACCGCUGCACACCAUACAUGCUCUUCAGUGACUGGAUAAAUCCUUUUUUUAUCUCUAUUCAAAGCGUAUUUUAAAGCAGAGAGUAAUACAUGGGUUGAACAGCACAUUGGCCGUAAACUGACUCGAUAUCAAAUUGAUCCGUUGAUUUGUAAGGCUUUUAAUGAGUCGGCAACAGUCGGAAAUGGUACUAGUGGCUUCACAGGAAUUUUCCCUUUUAAUCGAAACAUUAUCCCAUACCACUUUUUUGCGAUGUCCGAUAGAAUGACUAUGCCAGAAGAAAAUAAGGAAAAUACGAAUCCUUCUCGAUCCGCAUAGCGACAAUUUGAAGUUCAGCAGCCAUUCCAGCGCGAUGAACUAUCAACUAACUCUGCAGCAUUGAGAAUACCUUCGAAAGAGUUGAAUGAUAUUUUUCCUGUGCCUUCAUUAUCUGCUACUUCAUAAAAGCAAGUAAAAAAAAUCUGUCGUCCUGUUGACUUCUGCAGAAAAUAAAGAGGCAAUACAAGAAAGAACGAACAAGAAAAAUAAAACAAGGAAAUCUACUCGAGGUGUGAAAAAAAAUUGCAGUUUCAAGACACAGACUCGAAUUUCGAGGACUCGAAUUGUUUAUGGAACGAUGAUGACAAAGUGGAUUUAACGCAAAAACAAAGAAAGAAGCGCAAGAACGAAACAAAAAACGAUAUUAAUAAGUGCAAAGAAUGCGACGAUAAUUAUUUUCAAAUAAAACUAAAAAAGAAAGCUGGCUUCGCUGCAAACGAUGGUUGCACGAAUCGUGCACUAUCUUCGGCGAAUUUUGCAUUAACUGCGGGAGAGAAGAAAAGAAGAAAAAAAUGUAAAAAAAACUCAACAUAUAAUAUUUUCUUGAUAAACCUAAAUGUUUUCAAACUAUAAAUUGUAUCCAAUUAUAUGUUUCUCAUAAUAAAAUGAUUAAAAAGUAUAGUUUCGUAUUCAAUAAUACGCAGCGUCUCACCCUCAGGGUGCGGCGUAACCGCCAAAGUAUCCGGGAGAC